AUGCGACCUCGCCGUCGCCAACUCCUCCACCGACCCCCUAUUGGGGACGACGGAACGCCGAGAGUUGUGGCCCGGCUCCCCGCAAGUCGAGCAUCGACUUAUUACGGGGUCGGGGACAGCAGCAACCAUGGCCCCAAGCGGGAGGAGUCCUCCGUGGUCUCGAGUAGCUCGUCGCCCUUGAGGGCGACGAGCUUCGUCCCUCCGAACCCGGGCCGCCCCCGUGGAACCCGUGUCACAGGGGGUUCGCACGGGAUGUCCGCAAGAACGGACAAUCCGGUUAUAUCAACCGGCGGCAACGGGUCAAGGUAA